UUUCAAGCCACGGUUAAGGAGGGGGUCACCGGUGUGAUAGUCAACUUGACCGUGGGAGACCGGGACGACCCUGCCACGGGCGCCUGGAGAGCCGUCUACACCAUCAUCAACGGGAACCCGGGGCAGAGCUUCGAAAUCCACACCAACCCGCAGACCAACGAGGGGAUGCUCUCCGUGGUGAAGCCUUUAGACUAUGAGAUUUCAGCAUUCCACACGUUGCUGAUCAAAGUGGAAAAUGAAGACCCGCUGAUUCCAGACAUCGCCUAUGGCCCCAGCUCCACGGCAACGGUGCAGAUCACUGUUGAGGAUGUGAAUGAAGGUCCCGUUUUCCACCCAAACCCAAUGACAGUGACAAAACGAGAAAACAUCCCCGUGGGCAGUGUUGUGUUAACGGUUAAUGCCACCGAUCCAGAUACUUUGCAGCAUCAGACUAUCAGGUAUUCAGUUUUCAAGGAUCCCGCGGGCUGGCUAGAAAUCAACCCUACCAACGGUACCAUCGGCACCACCGCCGUGCUGGAUCGGGAGUCUCCUUACGUGCACAACAACAUAUACACUGCUCAGUUCCUGGCCAUCGACAGUGGUAACCCUCCUGCAACAGGGACAGGAACUUUACACAUCACCUUGGAGGAUGUCAAUGACAACAUCCCUUCCCUUUAUCCAACACUGGCAAAAGUCUGCGAUGAUGCAAAAGAUCUCCGGGUGGUGGUAUUAGGAGCAUCAGAUAAGGAUCUUCAUCCCAACACAGACCCAUUCAAGUUUGAACUGAGUAAGCAGUCUGGCCCAGAUAAAUUGUGGAGAAUCAACAAGAUUAACAACACUCACGCCCAGGUCAUCUUGCUGCAAAACCUGCAAAAGGCCAAUUACAACAUCCCCAUCUCAGUGACAGAUUCUGGAAAGCCACCUCUGACUAACAAUACAGAACUGAAAUUGCAAGUGUGCUCCUGCAAGAAAUCCAAAAUGGACUGCAGUGCGACCGAUGCCCUUCACAUCAGCGUGAUCCUCAUCCUUCUUUCACUCGGCAGUUUAUUUUGUCUGUAAGAACUCGUGACACUUGAAGCUGUCCU